CCUGACAAACUGGACGGACAUUUGAACAGUGUGAUGUUGUCAUGUCUAUUACAAACAUUACAGCCUCAGAUGCACCAGUAUGUAGAGAAAAACAUAGGUUUUCAGAGGGUUGGUUAGACCAAGCAUGGGCAAACUAAGAUUCAGCUUUUUAAUCUGGCCCGCCAAGCAUUUCCAAAUUAUAUAAUUUAUUUAUAUUUUCAUUUGUUUUAGUUCACACAAAUGCUACAUCUAUCUGCUCCCUGUAUAAAAGUCUUUAUUUCUGUAGAUAGCAAAUCUGCUCCAUGGUUCAGUCUGCUCUCUUCUUCAGUGGUGUUUCCCCUCAGAGAGUUCUUUCUUUUAGAAUUCUGGAGAUUGAACUUUGACACCAAGUCACAUCCUGUUUCUUUGUAUUUGGGGAAAAGAAAAAAAUUCUACCUGUUGUUGGACAGGUUUCCAUUCAAGUUUGGUUUGAAACGUUAUGUUUGCUCUGAUUUAUAUGUAUAUCAUUUUCCCACCUGUUAUUUCUUUAUUGGUAAUUUUUCCUCAAAACGUUUUUAAAGAGUAAAAUGUCCAUUAGAGUAAAAUGUACUUGUUAAGUUGGGGCAAACAAAUAUUGGUAAGUUGGUAGGUGGGUACAAAGGUUGGUUGAUUGGUUAAUACCCAGAUCAUUUUUGUAAAUAAAUAGAUCAUUCGGUUUUCGUAUAUCAUAGGUCUGUAGUUAUUACCAUGGGUUAGUAGAUGAGUUCAUAAGUAUAUGUUUGUAAGUUGGUCGCUUUUUUUUUAUUGUAGCUAACAAGGUUUUUUUUCAUUGUAUUUUUCGUUAUUAGUCCCAACGUAAAGAAAGCUAAUGCUUAAUGUAUGCAAAUGAGUGUGCUGACGUCAUGCCCAAACAUCCUGCUCUUCUGAAGGAAUGUAGCCCGUGUCAGGUGAGCGGCGGUGGGCGGGGCUUCAGUCCAGUCUGACAGACCUUUGAAACCAAGCGGAGGCGGAGGAGCAGCAGAGGCGGAGGUGCAACGGCGGAAUGGCCGUAGACCUCAGCCAACAGGCCGUGUUAGGCUUCCUCCGGAGCCACGGAGGCUCCGUCAAAAACUCCGAGCUGCUGCUGCACUUUAGCCGCUUCAUCCGGAACAAUGAGGACCGAGACAGAAACCGAGACAUCUUUAAAAAGUUCGUCAACACCGUGGCCACGGUCCGACAGGAGGACGGAGUCUCCUACGUCGUUCUCAGGAAGAAGUUCAGGGUUUCGAUCCAGAGUGGAGGAGAUGCAGGAGGAGUUUCGACUGGACCACCUCGGUCUCCUGCCGGGAGGAGCUCUGACCUGUGCCCGGAGAAGAGAAACCAAACAGCGGUUAAGGGGAGCAGGGAUACUCGCAGAGAAACCCCAGACCAGUUGGCAUCAACAUUAGUACCAGUACCAGUACCAGCAGGAGAACCCCCCAGCACCACGGUCCUUCCUGCAGCUGGCAUUAUCGCCAGCAACAACAACAACAGCGUGGGGAUGGUGGAGGUUGGUGGUGGACCUGCAGCUGUGGUGGCUCCAAAGGCCGUGGUGCCACAGGAGGUUCCUCGGACCUUUGAGCAUCCUGUCCAGCGGGAAUGGUCCAUGGUGGGACAGCAAAGUCUGUCUUUUGGUUCACUUCCUGAGACCACAGUGGAGCUUCCUGUAGUCAGACACCGUGAAGGAACCAGAAAGCGGCAAAAUCCUCAAGUUCUGGUACCUGGGACCCAGCUGACCAGGGUGGCUGGAAUUCCUGGUCAGGAACCUUCUCAACAGAACACGCCUACUGGUCCUAAAGUUUCUCCUAGAGGGUUCAAAUACAGACAGAGUUAUAAAAGUGCAGUUUUUCAGGACGAUGAGGAGGAGGAGGAGGAGGAGGAGCAAGAACAGGAGGCCACACUGAGGCGAGGUUCUGCAGAAGGAGUCUGGUUUUCCAGGGUUCCUUUGGAAGACACAAGAAGAACCAUGUCUGCCUCCUCAUCAUGCAUCUCUGAAUCUCCUGCUCCUCCCUCUGUGGCCUCCUCUUCUUUCUCCUCUUCAUCAGAGAAGACACUUCCAACAAUCUACAUUCAGAACGUGGAAGAAGAAGAAGAAGAAGAAGAAGAAACACUGCGCCUGCGUGCACCAGAGACUAGUUCAGAGUCGGGUUUAGAUGUGGGUCAGACAUACACGUCAGAGGAGUCAACAAUGUCCAGCAGGCGGAGGCGUCCUUCAGACAUUGAUCACCAUUCUCCAUCUCCUCAUAAAGCCAACAAAGAGCUGUUGUUACACCAUGAUGUCCACCAGGGGCAUCAAUGCCCACAGGCUUCAGAUUCUGGAUCCAGGAUGACAAGGUUGUCCUCCAGCCACAGCAGCAUCUUUUCACCUCCGUCUUCUUCUGAUGGAGGUUUCUCUAGCUGCAACUGGCCUUUAUCUGGCUCCUCUAGAGGAUCAGUGUGGAACAGCAGCUGUGAGGACCUGCAGGUGCCACCAGGUGGAAGUAAAGUCCUGGAUGUUCUGCAGCGAUCUCAGAGAACCAAGUCUGCCACAGACCUGGACCGAGCCGAAACCUUGACAAAUGCCUUUCAACACAACCAGAAUGUUGCAGCUCACAGUACAUCAGUGGACUGUCUCCACGACAACCAAGACACAGGACGGUGUGUGUCUCCAUGGCGAUGCUCGACUGGUGAAGUCAACGUCGACCAUGAGGAGGUGGAGUCCAGUGAGGGUUCAGCACAGCAGCGCACCCUGGUGGUCCGGCGUCUCAACAGUCAGCUGAGGAGCAGAAUGUGUGUCAGUUUGGGUGCAGAUUUGGACCAGCUUCUGCAGGAGGAGGCCAGAGCAGGGGUAGGAGGUAGUGAAGCGGCUCGUCUCAACCGCCUCCACCUCCUCUCCUCCUCACUGAGCCUUCGUUACAACCUCUCCUCCUCGUCUCUAUCGUCCUGCUCCACGCCACCACGCUGCCAAAGCCUUGGAAGUUUGGUGGAGGGGGUUGACCGGGGAGGAGGAAAAGAAGGUGGAGGAGCUAGGCUACCUGCUGCCAACACGACUGCCCAGGAGCAGGAGGGCUGUAGAAAGUCACUGGUUCCUCUGGAGCCCAAAGAACACAUGUGGUUGGUUAAGGCAGCUGCAGGGGCGUGGCCUGACAUCUACUCCUUGUUCAGAGAAGAGCCGUCACUUCUCAACAAGCAUGACUUCAUCUCAGGGUUCACAGUGCUGCACUGGAUCGCUAAACACGGAGACCACAGAGUCCUCAACACCUUAUGGUACGGAGUCCAGAAGGAGGGAAUGAUGUUUGAUGUUAACUCCAGGUCGACGUGUGGCCACACUGCGCUCCACAUCGCUGCCAUCCACGGACACAAGAACAUCAUCAGACUGCUGGUCAACAAGUUCAAGGCUGACGUCCGGCUGCGGGACGUGGCAGGAAAGAAGCCGUGGCAGUACCUGAGUGUGCCUAUGUCACCGGACGUCUUUCAACUGCUGGGAGCUCCGGCGAGGGCAGCACUGGGCGCAGCCAAGAGGAUGGACAGCAGCAGCAGCAGCUGGGACCAGCAGCAGGAUCACAGGCGACCACGAAGACGACAUCAUUUCUCUACAGCGUCGUCAGGACAAAGACCACUGACAGUAGCAGACCCCAUCCGAGUAAAGAGGUCAUCGUCCAUCGCUGCUUUACUCAAACACAAGUCUCUGAGACGUUUUCACAUCCACAUGUCGGACUCCUCCGUCUGAAAACAAACCCAGGGAUUAAAUGGUUCCAGCUGAGUAAGGCACUUUUACAAAAGUAUUUUAUCUUCAUCGAAAACAUAAACUACAGGGGGUGCUGUUGGUUUAAAGGCACUGCACAAACUUUCUAAAUGUUUUCACACUUGGUGUUAAAAUACAGCACAGCAGGGGGCACUAGAGAGCCACUCGUCACUAAAAGACAUUUAUUCACUUUUUUGUUGUUGACUUUUUCUUCCUUCACCAACAUCUGUCACCAUUUUGUUAACGUGUAGCAAAUUUUCUUUAUUGCUAACCCAUUAGCUUAUCACUUUGCUAUUCUCUUUGUAUUUGUGUUACAUUUUUGGCCAACUUCCACUUAUCUUUUGGCUACCUUGGCUAUCUUAUUUGCUAACAUGUAGCUAUGAUGCUAUUAGAUAACUACAGUAUAUGACUGUUAGAUUUCUGAAUGAAAACACCUUUUUUCAUAAACUUGCGAUUUUCUUUGUCUUUGGAUGUUUUAGUUUUUUUAAUAUAUUGGCUAACAUUUUUUCACAACCUAACAAUAAAAAAAAAAAAUCUUUUUUAUUUCUGGCUCAAUAGAAAUCACACAAUUCUAGCUUAAUGUACUGAUGAGUUUGUUUUUUCAUUUUAGCUUGUUUUGUUUUGUUUUUUUGGCCCAUUGUCAUCAAGUUUAUUUUUGAAAACCUAGGUCAUAAUUAUGUUUUUUGGGUCUUUUUUGCUAAAACAAUCAUCUCCUAUGCCAAUUUUGUUUUAUAUAUGUCAUGGCUAACUUUAAUAUAUCUUGUGGUGGACUAUAUC